UCCGAAGCACAAGUAAAAGUUAAAGGAGGAGUUCCGGCAAAACUUAGAUUAUUUUUUUUACCCAUUUUUUUCACUUCUUUUUCAUUAUUUUCCACACUUUUCUUAAACUUCCGUGGCCAACCCAUUUAUAAAGAAACGGGGCUAGACCAAGGGGUAUGUUUACAUAAGGUAUUAUCAUAUGAUCUUAUUCGGGGAUUAUUAUAUGAUCUUACUCCUGUUUUAAUUAAUAUAUAUAUGUUGGAACCUUGAACCCCAAGCACCAAGUUGUUAGGCCACUAAGACAGGAAGAAAGAAGGAACCCUUUUUUAAAUCUUUUUCUCUCAGCCAAAAAUGAUUUCAGUGUUCGAGUUCUUCAGCAAUUCGGGGUACACAUUUAUAAAGAUUAUUGCUGCGAGAGACGAUAUAUGCCAUACGUGCAACAAAUCAGCGAAAGGCUCUGGUGCAUAUUUGUGUACUAGACACAAUGAUCGUCGAAGUUUCUGCCUGCACAAGACUUGUUCAAAAUUACCCAUAUCUGUUUAUCUACAUGAGCAUUCAUUAUGUUUACAAAAAGAUUUUAUUUUUGCAGAGGAUGCUGCUUGCAUUAUUUGCAACAAAAGAGUCGUAGGCUCUCCUACAUAUACUUGUGUUAGUCGAAAUGACGAUGUUAAUUGUCAAAAUUUCUACUUGCAUAAGACUUGUGCAGAAAUCCCGCAGCAAAUUAACCACCAUAAACACACCAUCCAUCCUCUUUCUCUCCUUCCACGCCCUGAUCGUUUAACCUGUGAUAUUUGUCGUCGUCAUAUAAAGGUCUCUUAUGGGUGUGUUGAGUGUAACUUUAAUGUGUGUGUGUUUUGUGGUUUGGAACAGAGGGUGCUUCAUCAUCAAGGACACAAGGAGCAUGCGCUGACGUUAAUGAAGAAGGUAUCCUCUUUUCAAUGCGAUGCCUGUCAUGUGAAAGCUAAAGACUCUUCAUAUGUUUGCACCACCUGUGAGUUCUGGAUUCACAAGACUUGUGCCUUUUUCCCCUACACUAUUCCAUCGCCUACUUUUCACCCUCACCCUCUCACUCUCGUCUACUCUGUUCCUAACAUUCAUAUCUUCUUUAAGCAAUUCUGUGGUAUCUGCAACCGAUUUGUUUACCGCAACUGCUGGGUGUACUAUUGCCGCAAGUGCACGUAUUUUGUGCACAUGAAAUGUUCUACAUCCACAAUAUCCAUGGUAAGCGAGAAUGAAGCGGAUGACAUCAAUAAUGAACCUGAUCUGGUACUCUUUCCUCUGCUAAGCCAGGAAUCAAUAUUUGAUCUCAUUGUAACUCUGUGUUGCAAGUUCCGAGUCAACUUUACAGGUGGAGGUGAAACCAGUGUUGCUAUGUCAGUAACAUCUAAUGAUUCACACAUUAUUGAAAAACACUGGAGUCACCAGAUCCAUCCAUUACAACUGCUCCAGUUUACUAUCUGUGACAACGAUAGCGACGACAGUGAUGAUGAUAGGAGAGAGCUGAUAUGCGACGGGUGUAUUCAACCUAUAACCAUUUCCCAUCCCUCUUACUACGCUUGUAUCCAGUGUGGUUUCUUUCUCCAUUCCUUCUGUGCGACUAUGUUGCCACAAGAGUUGCCUGCAGGAGAAUCGCAUUUUCACCCCGACCAUUCUCUCUUGCUUCAGGAGACUGGUAAAUUUUAUAAUUUUGUGCGUUGUGGAAUUUGCAAUUUUCACACAAAUGGAUUCUACUAUCACUGCCAGACUUGUGAUAUCUUUGUUGACAUCCGUUGUGCAUUCUUACCAAACAGUAUAAAACACGAAUCUCACAAGCACCACUCCCUUGUUCAGCGUCCAUCUUCUAAUUCCAGGUGUAGUGUAAGUGGGUUGAAAUUUAAAAAAAAUGAUAUGGCAUAUGCAUGUGAAAGUUGCAGUAAUUUCCAGAUUCAUAAAUAUUGUUUAUUCCUUCCGAGUAGCCUGGAACAUAAAUAUGAAAUUCACCCAAUAACCUUGAGAUAUCCACCAUUCUUCUACGAGGGAGCAUUUUACUGUGAAAUAUGUGAAGAACGAGUUAACAACCAAAAGUUGCUCUACCAUUGCAGCGAAUCUGAACGUUCUUAUCACUAUUAUUGUGGCCUUUCUCUCAAAAAUGUCAAAUCAGGGGGGAGCAUUAAAGUUUUUAUUGCGGAUAAACCACACACACUUGCUUUAGUUUUGAAGAGGCCAACGAGAAAGAAGUCCACAUACGUUUGUUCCCAGUGCUUCUCUCUUUUCCAGACUGUCUCUUUUCUUUUCGAAUGUGAUGGCUGUGGACUUCUCGCAUGCUUAAGGUGUGCCAGGAAACUCUGGAGCGAGUUAAAACCGAGUGCACUUCAAUAAAAUUGUUGUACUCCUCUUUACGAUGUUCAUUGUUCUGUUCAUAUAUUUUAUUUUUAUUUCUUUUGUUUGUUCACGAUGUCAAUACGCCGUUCUUUAUACUUGAAUCACCAUUUUUUUUAUCAUGUAAUAGUUAGAAUUCAUAUAUAUUAUUUUCUUAUUAUGUAA